CAAGUCCUAUACCGAGGAAAAUAUUCCAAACCCCAGUCCGGAAAGGCAAAACCCUAAACCCUCUCUCUUCCUGCCGCCUCCUCCCCCAUGGCGGCCGCCCGCGCCACGCUCCCGCUUCCCCACCUUCUCCUCCCUUCCCCCCGCAAGCCCCGCCUGCUCGCGCCCUUCCCCUUCUCCUCCUCCUCCCCUCGUCCCCGAGCCUUAACCGCCGCCGCCGCCGCGCCGUCGCCGUCGCCGCGGCUGGGCGACGUGAUCGAGGCGCAACAGUUCGACCGCGACGCGCUCAACGAGAUCUUCGAGGUGGCGCGGGAGAUGGAGGCCGUGGAGCGGGGCUCCCACGGCUCCCCCAGCCGCGUCCUUGAGGGGUACCUCAUGGCCACGCUCUUCUACGAGCCCUCCACGCGCACGCGCCUCUCCUUCGAGGCCGCCAUGCGGAGGCUCGGCGGGGAGGUGCUCACCACCGAGAACGCGCGCGAGUUUUCCUCCGCCGCCAAGGGCGAGACACUCGAAGAUACCAUUAGGACUGUUGAGGGUUAUUCUGAUAUUGUUGUUCUGAGACAUUUUGAAAGUGGAGCUGCAAGAAGAGCAGCUGAUACUGCAAACAUUCCAGUUAUUAACGCAGGUGAUGGGCCAGGGCAACAUCCAACUCAGGCUCUGUUGGAUGUGUACACUAUAAAGAGAGAAAUCGGCACACUAGAUGGAAUUAAACUCGGUUUGGUUGGCGACCUUGCUAAUGGGAGGACUGUUCGUUCUCUGGCUUAUUUGAUUGCUAAAUACCAGAAUAUUAAGAUAUACUUUGUAUCUCCAGAUGUUGUUAAAAUGAAGGAUGACAUCAAGGACUACUUAAAUUCUCAAGGUGUUGAAUGGGAAGAAAGUUCAGAUUUAUUGGAGGUGGCAUCCAAGUGUGAUGUUAUUUACCAAACACGCAUUCAGAAAGAAAGAUUUGGUGAGAGGAUCGAUCUUUACGAAGCUGCUCGUGGCAAGUAUAUCGUGGACAAGAAGGUUUUAGAUGUGCUGCCAAAACAUGCUGUCAUCAUGCAUCCCCUUCCAAGGCUUGAUGAGAUCACAGUAGAUGUUGAUAGUGAUCCAAGGGCUGCAUAUUUUAGGCAGGCUAAGAAUGGCCUCUACAUAAGGAUGGCAUUGCUUAAACUUCUGCUUAUUGGUCACUGACAGUUUUCCUAGUGCCUGAGCUGUGCUAGUGUGCUGUGUCGAGGGAUCAGAAAAUGUACAAUUAAUGUGUUGCCCAAUCCAAAAUUCAACUUGUCAGUGCUGUGCAGGGAAUAAAAGGUUGGAUCCUUGCAAGAAUGUAGCAAUAGUGUUCUGCAUGCUUAAUGUUAAUGUUCAAAAUGUGUUCCAAACAAAGUUUCACUGUUCUCAUAUGAUAAUGCGGAGCAUCAUCCGUGGACGGUUGUAUACAGCUUACAAGACUCCUCUGUGCUUUUAUACAACGCAAAAUCACUUGCACGAUUCAGUUGUGAA